GACACUCUGUUUGUAAUAUCAACGGAUUGGUCUCAUUGGGGUCCGAGGAGCAGUUACACCUACCUGCCUGAAAACGUUGAUAAGUCUUUGCCGCUUUACAAGAAAAUACAAGCACUAGACCGUGAGGCAAUUGACUGUGUCGUCAACCUCAACGGUUCCUGCCUCGAGGAGCACGUCGCGAAGACCGGCAACAGAAUUUGCGGCUAUGACGCGUUGCUUUUGUUUUUGCGG